GUUUCAAAUGUUACGCGGCUUCGAGCAAUGAGAUUUUCGUUUUUUAUAACUUUUCAACUACCUACAUCAUACAAUUACCACCCACUUGAAAUAUUGUCAACGUUCCCGUAUUUGAGUGUUCAUAGAAUCGUGAAAAUUGUUCGAUUUGCUGUGAAUUUUUAAACACUAAGCUAAGAAAACCCGUUGUGAAAUCAGUUAUUAUAAAUACAUUGUGAAAAUGCGAUGUAUCUUGGAAUUUUCGUAGAGAGUAUCAAUUAUAACACGAUGAUAUUUUUAUGUCUAUUUCAUGUGAUGAUCGCUAAUGCCCAGGAGGUUGUGAUACGUGUAAACGGUGGACCUUCGGUGGCGAGGCACUUGGCCGAAAAGAGUGGUCACUACUAUAUCGGUCCGGUCAUGGGUUUCGUUGAUACAUACAUUUUGUUGCCUGUACGAGAGAGCCAUCAAAAAAGAGGAACAAACUCGAAACAGUUAGUUUAUGAUGCAAGGCUGGUUUGGGCAGAGGAACAAAGAGGAAAGAUUCGUCAAAAGCGAGAUUUUCUGCCUAUUGAUCCUGCCGAUUGGCCUAAAGAACGAGUGAAAAGGUUUGAAGAAAAUCAAAAAAUUUCCAAACGACCGAUGUCAGGCGUAGAUAAGACGUUCAACGACGAACUAUGGAGCCAACAGUGGUAUUUGCGCGAUACCAGAUCUAGAACAGACCUUCCGAAACUCGAUUUAAACGUGCUGCCAGUUUAUAGAAAAGGUGUUACUGGGGAGGGCGUACGAAUCUCGAUAUUGGACGAUGGAAUAGAAUACACCCACGAAGAUUUGAAGGAUAACUAUGAUCCUGAAAUCAGCUGGGACUGUAACGAAGGUGACAACGACCCAUAUCCAAGAUACGACGCCUCUCAAUCGAACAGUCACGGUACGCGGUGCGCUGGCGAGGCGGCAAUGGCCGCCAACAACUGGAAAUGCGGUGUAGGAGUUGCAUUUAAUGCUAAAGUUGGAGGCGUCAAGAUGUUAGACGGACUAGUAACCGAUAGAAUCGAAGGGACUGCGCUGAGUUACGCGCAAGAUUUGGUAGACAUAUACAGUGCUUCGUGGGGACCAAACGACGAUGGAAAAACGGUAGACGGCCCAGGCAGGUUGGCUCUUGAGGCUUUAGAAAGGGGCGUUAAAGAGGGUAGAAAAGGCAAAGGCGCCGUCUACAUUUGGGCGUCCGGCAACGGCGGUAGAAACAACGACAACUGCAACUGUGAUGGUUACCUUGCGAGUCCGUACACGAUAUCCAUAGGAAGUGCUUCACAGAAAGGGGAAUUCCCGUGGUACGGUGAAGCAUGUGCUUCCACUUUGGCUGUUACGUACUCUUCCGGGGCUUAUAAGGAUCAGAUGAUUGCUACAACAGACCUCAACAAUGAAUGUACGACCAAACACACUGGAACUUCUGCAUCAGCCCCGCUAGCUGCUGGAAUCAUUGCUUUAGCAUUGGAAGCUAACAUCAACUUGACGUGGAGAGAUGUCCAACACCUGAUAGUUUGGACAUCGGAACUGGCUCCUUUGGUGAACAACGUCGGCUGGCAACAGAAUUCUGCUGGAUUUUGGUUCAAUGACAGGUUCGGAUUCGGACUUAUGAACGCCCACGGCUUGAUCACAGCUGCCAACAAAUGGGUAACUGUUCCAGAGAGGAAAAGUUGCAAGGUUCAUGUUAUUCAAAGGUAAAAUAACUGAUUUAUCGGUCUUAUUUUUAUUAAGGAAAUAAUUUUAUUCCUAAAAACAUUGGCUGGAUGGAAAUCAAUGUUACACAAAUAGCCAGAUCAAUCAACAUUCGUGAUAUUUUUUAUUUACCUAUUACCAAUGUUAGACUAAAAACCAAACAUAAUCUGAUAGUUGAAUCGAGUGAGAAGUACAUAGUCGAUCUACUUGAUGCAAUUAUUUUCUCACCUACUUUAAGGAAUAUGAACAACACUGCCGUAGCAUCAGGAUAUCCAACCAAACUCGUCAUCCCAACAACUGGUUGCAGAGGCAGCAAUCAUGAAGUUCGGUAUCUAGAACAUGUAGAAGUGAGAACUAGUAUCAACUAUACUAUAAGAGGAGCCCUGGAAAUUCUAUUAGAAUCACCUUCAGGAACCACAGCAAAGUUGUUGUCGCCUCGACACUUGGAUCAAAGUGAUCAAGGUUUCGAAAAUUGGACGUUCAUGUCUGUGAUGACUUGGGGCGAAUCACCUGAAGGAGUAUGGACAUUGAUUAUUUCAGAUACGGUAAUUAGUCAGAAAAUUUCGAAAAUGUAUAACGUUUUUUGGAUGCUGCAUCGCAUAUUAUACAUCAAGGUGCCGAAAAAACGUAAUGGACCUUUGUAACAGAUCUGGUAGAUAACUAUGGCACCAUUGGCGAUACAACCCUGAUUCUCCACGGUACAACUCAUCUACCGGACUAUAUGAAAGACGGUCCCAGAAAUUACAACGAAAACUACAACAGAAUACAAAAUAGAGUGAAGGUUCCAAAUGAUGAGUACUUUUAUCAAGUUGGUGAUAUAAACAUGGAGAACAACAUUUUGAGAAGAAUGGCUGUAGAACAACGUAAAAGAUACUAUGAUCUAUAUGAAGAUGAUUUGCAUAGACUAGGUUGAAUGUUAUUAUAAUUGGAUAUAUUGAAUAUAUGUUGCAUUGCAAUUUCGCACUGUU